CAUUCCGGUUUUAUCUAUUACCCAACACAAAGUGGUCAUGUCUUCUUCUUCCUUCAUCUCCUCCUGCUCUUCGAUUUUGCGUAUUGGUGAUGCGAGAAGUGGGAACUCACGAGCUUCAAGCUUCACAUUCCAACCUCAGGUUUCUUGCGGGAUUCAAAGGGAUGAUAAUGGACGCCGUAUCUGGCGGAGGAGAACACUCACAAAGAAGGACGAUAUGCUGCGUUACAAACUGCAGAGAGUUCCGUUUGUGGAAGAGCAAGUGAGGAAGAUACAGGAAGUUGGGAAGGUAAUGACCAUGGACAUCGAGCGUUUGCUUUUGAGCGAAGACAACCGCUUUGAGUUCGUCAACAGCGUGGCAGCUGAGGCAACGGAGUACGUUGAGAAAAACAGGGACGAAUACGGAGGCACCAAGAAAGCCAUCUUUCACGUUCUGAGCAACCGUGUCAACGAUCUCGGGUUUGAUCGCCCCGAAGCUUAUGCCGAGUCAGAUCCUUACAAACCUGGUCCUGGCUACUUGAAGGAGUAUUACACUUGAAGAGAUACUACUACUGUAACAAGAGUUCAAAUGUUUUCAAACAGCUUUUCUUUGUUCUUGUACUAUUACUAUUACCAAAUCAUAUGUCAAUGCAUUCACAACUUUGUUCUUGUAAUUUUGGUAGAACAAUAUUAUAAGCUUAUCACAGUUUUAAAAUAGUGCAAGUUGU